AUGCGAAGAGCUCCGUCAGGAAAUGGUCAUACGCCGUCCUUCAGGGAUUUUGAGGAUUCUUGGGAGGAUCACAUUGACUACUGCUACGACAACGAGAUGGAGGCCUGCUGCGACGUUGACUGGGAUGGCCGCGAGCCAGACAGCGGGUCUUGCCGCACGGCUGCCUUGAGCGACGAUUCACGUCCGGCCACUACUGUAGAGGAUUCCGAGGUGGAUACCUCGAUCACGAACGCCCCCAGGUUCAAUGUCAACAAGAAGCUUCCUCCCGCACCAUGUCCUCUCAUGUCGCCUUUUCCUCCGGCUCCGCCGGGCUCGUCCGCUGUCACUGAUCUAUACCAUUAUCAGUCCUCUUCCUCAUUGUCCCCAGUUGGCGCUAACAAUGUUACUCAUUAUGGCGCUUCCGCGCAGACCAUUGGUUCGCCAACAGUCGCCCAAUGUUCCGAGCCCGACUGGAGCAGCUUUGCGCCUUCCGUUUAUAUCCCCCAGCACUUGAAGUAUGAGCCACUGAAGGAAGAUCUGGAUGAAGGACUUCUCGCCGAGUACGAAUCUUGCGACUUUCAUCAUCCCAUCUUCAACCUUUCUCAUGAUGUACGCGUUAACUUCAAUCCUGUCAGCAAGCGCAGCUCGCUUGACAGCAGUAUCCCUUCCGAAAGCACAUCAGGCCCAGGGUCGAUCAUGUCCUCCACCAGGCGCUCAGCAAGCUCCGCAACCAGCAUGCCUGAGCUGGUCUACAGCCGGCGGGCACGUGAAGCUCUUGACCGCGUGGUUGACCACUUGGCCGAGCAGAUGGCAACCUUCGCCGACCUCGAAGAAGACGACGAGGACAAGGAAACCUCUAGCAACAUCAGGCGCAGCGAUCUCACGGAGCCAAGAGGCCACACGUUCUUCUCUGUUGAGGAAGAAAAGGCCGAGGAAGACGCACAUUAUCCGAACGUGGGCGACAUAGCCGAGGAGAUCCCAGUGGUGCUUCAUCAGCACGAGCGCGAGCGCGCAGCCUCCGAGAGCGUCGCAGAGUCAAUCGUAAGGGGUUCGUUAGUGCAGGCGCGCCAGCGAGCAGCAACCCUCACACCGAGCAGCACGGCGCAUACACUAUCGCUGUUCCCGGCGCCACCGAGGACACGGGUGAUGACGCCGUAG